GGAAUAAAUAUAAAGUACCAUCAAGUGAGAUGUCUUACCAUCACACAACAAACGGGCAAUGGCUGAGUAUCGUCGAAAUAAAAUUACUAGCCGGAGGAUAUUGGCACUACUAGUUUUGGCCAUAUCUUCACUGACAAUUGCUUUUCCUCGCAACGUUGUAAUUUCAAUUGGAAAUCGCCACAACACUCGAGCAGGUUUGGUAGAUUCCGGAACCAACAUCAGCGGAUUAACGAUAAAAAUUGCCCGAUGGUGGACAGUAUCGUCCGCUGGAACCAAUUCUACCGAAAUUUUGGAUCCUAUUGUCAGCGACAAUACCAUCACUAUACAAAUUGGUCACGUAAAUUCAACGUCAAAUUCGACCUCAGAACACAGCCGACGGAAGAGGGGAAUUCUUUCAAUCCCUACACCCACGAUUCCAGCUGUAUCUAAAGUAUUUCAACCGCCGGCAAUCCCUUCCAUUCCGAUACCAAUAAUCAACGGAUCUCAUGUCUCCAUCAACGGAAACUCAAUACCUCUACCGGACUCGAUUUCCAACAUACCAGGAAGCCAAGGAUUUGAAUUACCGUGGCAAUUCCUGGAACGAGUAGUCACAAAACAACUGCUACCGAUUGGAACACUGGAUCCUCUGGUAAAAUUGCUAGCAACCCAGUACAAUGCACUAGCGAAACCAACGAUCGACGCUACUCUCAACAUUCUAGACGAAAUAGAAACUUACGCGUCCAAUGUGACUACUUCUGGUCUUAGUACAAUUGACAGCGUCGUUUACGAAGGAACAAGAAGUGUUAUACAAACGUAUAACAGCUUGACCAACGGAGGAAAAUCGUGCGUCGGGGUAUUCCCAGAAGAUGCUGGUUUGAGGGUAUCUAAAAAAGCCACCGAUUGUGUUAGAGAUCGCUGGAACGAACUGGUCGCCAUUGUGGAUCAGUUUCGCAAUCUGGUCGGCGAAACUAGUGACUCUUUCAGCGGAUGGCUCAAUAAGCUGGCAGCGUGUAAUGCAAGUGCCUUCGCUAAUGAAUCUCCCCAGGACCAGGAAACCGCACAACGAAGGUGCUAUGUUCAGGCCACUGCUGAGGUUUCAAUAAAAAUGCUGAUAGGUUACCCGCUGCGCUGGUCUCAGCUGACGAUCCGUAUCGUAAGAGCUGUUAACGAAUUCGAACCUCAGGUGGCGAUUUGUGGUGCCGGUGUAGGUGUUGAGGUGGCAUCCAUUACCGCGGAGUACUCGGUUAAGUUAGGACUGUGCCAAAUGAUUCCUUAAGUUAAAGCUAGUUGUGUAAAAUAAAAUAAAACCGCUUAAACUUACCCAGCCUCAGUUCGCCAAAGUUACCACAGCCGAUCUUUUUGCCGACUCGAAAGUUCGGUCCGACCAUCAGGACGCCGGACGACGAACUAACCGAGUGUCGGGCGGAGUACAUACUGCUGCCGCCGCCCCGGGUGGUGCCGCCUCCGCCGCCGCCACCACCGGCCGUGGCCGAUGUCCCGGCACCCGGUACUCCACUGUAAGCAGAAGAGAAAAAAAAUGAAUAAAAAACGGGAAAAGAUUAAAACACACCAGAAUAAUUGCAUAUAAGCGUAAAGAGUGUUUGAAUUAAAGGACACGUCCCAGUGCCCGGUUGGUUUGAGUAAUGCCAAGGCUUUGUUCGUUGCAUUAUUACAAGGUCUAACAGUAAAGUAAAUUAUAUGCUAGGCUAAUGAAUGUGAAAUUAAACUUAUUUCUUAAACAUCAAACCUCUCUUUGAUAGUCGGGAAAGGAAAUGCA